AUGAAGGAUGCAGAAGACUCAAUUAAGGGGAUAGCAACUUCUUGUACAGUUGUUGGUGCUCUCAUUGUUACCAUCAUGUUUGCUGCAGCAUUCUGCGUUCCUGGUGGAAGCGAUAGUAACACAGGUCUUCCCAUUUUCAUGGAUAAAAAGUUGUUUAAGAUUUUUAUUGUUGCAGAUGGUAUAUCACUAGUGUUCUCCACGACCUCAGUAAUUAUAUUUUUGGGAAUCCUCACGUCACGUUAUGCAGAAGAUGACUUCCUCACAUCUUUGCCUACAAAAAUGAUGAUUGGUCUUUCCACCCUCUUCUUCUCAAUUUCUACUAUGAUGAUCGCAUUUUCUUCUGCACUUACUGUUAUGAUUGGUGAUAAUGGAAAUUCUAAGACUUUUAUUCAAAAUCUUUUGCUGGCUUUUCUUCCGAUCACCUCAUUUAUAUGGAUGCAGUUUUCCUUCAUCGUUGAGAUAUUCAUCUCUACUUAUGGACCAGGAAUAUUUGACAAGAAGAUCAAACCUUGGCGUUAG